AGAAAUCCUUCCUCUCUUCACUGUAACAUGUUCCCUUUAUGAUAGUAGAGGGUCUAGUGUUUGUUACUGGUGGCUGGGAAAUAGCUCUCUGAUGAGUGAAUAUUUAACCAGCGUGUUUGCUUUCAUAUUAAGACAGUCACCUAGAUAUCCCCUGGUUUUCAGACCACCCAGAACAGGAGAGGAACAUUGAACAAAUUCUUGCUAACUUAUCCAGGAGAAUCUAAUUUCUGAGUGAAAAGAAGGGUUAGGAAUGUCUUCCACAGGGCUGGAGCUGAUAGGCUUCAUUCUGGGAAUGCUGGGUUUUUUAGGGACACUGGUUGCUACCAUUUUGCCCAACUGGAGAACCACUGCACAUAUCGGCUCCAACAUUAUCACAUCCAUGGGCUACCGGAAAGGCCUGUGGAUGGAGUGUGCCUACCUCAGCAUGGGCACCAUCCAGUGCAAGACCUACAACUCUCUGCUAGCCUUGCCCUCUGAUCUCCAGGCUGCACGGGCCAUGAUGGUCAUCUCAGUGGCUCUGUCCAGCCUGGGCUGUGCCAUCUCUUGUAUUGGGAUGAAGUGCACCACCUGCAUGCUGGAGUCCUCGGCCAGAUCCAAAGUGGCUGGCACUGGAGGCUGCUGUUUCCUGGCUGCUGGCUUCAUGUGCUUGAUCCCUGUGUCAUGGACAACUAACGAGGUGAUCAGCAUUUUCUACAACCCUAACCUGUCCUCCAGCUACAAGUACGAGAUGGGCGAGUCGCUCUACGUGGGCAUGGUGUCUGCCUUGCUCUCCUUCCUAGGUGGGGGUAUCCUCUGUGCCUCCUGCUGUGGGCAGGAAGAGGGUGCAAGACACUUCGGUCUUGGGGGACGCCACCCUUACCCGAUCAGCAAUCCCCAACACUCGCAGCAAAUGACUUUCCGGAACCCGUCGGUGCACAACAGCAAUGACCAUCCCCAGAGCAAAGACCCCCGGCCCCCCGCCUCCUCCUCCAGGACUCAGAGAACCAACUUCAAUGGCUACAAUCUCAAUGGAAGACAUUUUAAAGAAAUCCUGCAGCUCUAUGCAGUGUGUUCAAUCAUUUACCAGAAGCAAAACAAGAUGGUUGCCAGGUUCCAGAAUGCAUUGCAACAAGUCAGUAAGGCAAAUAUUUGCUGUCUUUAUUUUGAAGUGAUGAAAAACAUGAUAUUUACACUAUUCGUUCAGAAAUGGGGAUUAUUUAAGUAAAACUACGUAUUACACUACUGUGGGUACAUUUCAUGGAAAUUGUGAAAGCCAUGAUAACUACAGAAAGCCAAAUAGACCAAGCAAAAACCUUCAUCACUGGAAUCAAAAUAUAUUGUUCUGGUUCACUGGGACCAAGAACAAUGUUCAAGUGUUCCAGAUCGUGCUGGUCACACUUUAAGGUGCAUUGUCAAGCAUCUGUAAGCAUGUUGAUGAUUAUUAUCAAAUGAUACCGUAUCUAUUCAAAAUAGCAGAUCAUUUCAAAACCGUUUUUUCAUGUAUCUGUUUACUGUGAGAUACAAUUAACGUAAAUUUUUUACAUUUUUUAUUUUUUUUUGGUUUGUUUUGUGUGUAGCAUUGAAUAACUUUUUCGUAUUUUAGGCAACAGUGUUAAUAAGAUGCAGAGUUUGAUAUAAAAUAAAAUCCCAGAAUGCUUCUGUUUAAUAUAGGUUUAAACAUACGGUGUUGUCCAUAUAUUAUACUUGCUAUUUAAAAGAAUACUUCAAGAAUGUACACAGGGGGGUACUUUUUUACUGCAUGGAUCAAUAAAAAGUACACAUAAAAACUUACUUAACUGAAACUAGCAUGAGGAAUGAUUGAUAUAUUGGCUUUGUUUGGAACUUGAUGAGUAAGUAACAGCCACAUUUUACUGCCUUACUGUACAGCUAUACAUAUCUGUUUUAUUUAAUGCCGGAAGGCAGGUAACACAUGAGCAGUGAGUCAUGCUUUAUUUUUAUCCAACACAUCACUCCCCCAAGCACAAAAGGUGUCAAUACAAUUUACUGCAUCUGUUUUCUUUUUGUUAUACAGUGCAGGGGAAAAUUCACCAUUUUGACAACCAAAAGGUUUAAAAUGGUCUUCCAAGGGGGAAGAUUUAUCAAAAAACAGUUUCAUGUCAACUCAAUAAAACACCCAGUGAUCGAAGAACACCCCUUCCAGCAAUAACACCAUUACAUGACAGAAAGAUUUUAAAUUCGAAAACAAUUUUAAACACACGUUGCAUUUCAUUACAGGUUCUGUAUCUUCUGAUAGGAACUACCACUACCUGUUUGUAGAAUAUUUCCUUUUCACAUCCAUUCAGUAAUUACAGUACUACAGUCCUAUUCAGGGUGUCAGUGUUUCAUACAAAAUGUACAAAAAUCUAAUUAGGAUAUUGGAACACAGGCUCGAUAAUGUCAUUUCAGGUGUAUUAUUCGAUAGUAUAGGAACAAGAAACAAGACAUAGAAAUAAUAGUUGGAAAGCAAACUUAUCUUAUCUACUACUAGUAUUGAUUUUUAAAACACAUUACUGCGUAAAUAAACUUCACCUGCCUGGUUAACUUGAUUUGUAGCUCUCUUGGAUCGAAAUGAGCUCUUUUCACAUGCCCUAGAUGUCACAAACUGCUAUAGCCAACACUGAUUUCCAACAUUUCUCUUACCAUACAGUUUCAAUAAGCAUUUCUACAGGCUAGACCCUGAUGGAAGUUUGCUGUAUUAAAUGUUCAUGCUUCCCCGUGUAUGUGCAGUAACUGAAUCCUUUAGCACAAUAUCACCGCACGCCCCUGUGCCCUACCAUGCUUUGCUGUGUUCUACCAAGUGGUCUCAUUAAUGUCAGUUGACAGUAGCACUUAAAUGACCCUCAUUAGACAAAGACAAAUGUUUGACAACUCCAUGCGGCUGUACUUUGGUAAAACGUGUUUAAGCUACGUGUACGCCUUUUAGAGUUUUCUUACCACAAAUGCAUUAAAAGAUGUUUAAUUUUUACUAAGCGUUAUCUCGAACUGUGUGUAAAUAGUUUGAGGUUUUGAUUGUUCAGCUGGGAAGCAAAAGUACUGAUCUGUAGAUAAGGCUGAAGUUGCGCAACUUUAUGGUUCUCAUGAAAUGCAUUGACUUUUUUUGAUUACUGCAGUUUAGGGCCUCAGUUUAACAUCUGGUACAGCUUGCCCACUUGUUUUUUUAUGUAUUUAUUUUUUAUACUGAGGCUUGUGAUAGAUGCUUACUGGCUGUAUUCUCUACACAGGUCAAAUCAGAAAUCAGGAAACACAUUAAGAACACAAGUCAUGCAGAUUUACAUAUUCAAACAUUUUAUAAAAAACAGUUUUUCUAAAUG